AUCCCUCCUCCUGGGACAUCACAUUCGUUUACUUACCCCACAGCUUGGACGUCUUGCGCAAGACAAGAGGUCCUUGCCGUCCCUCACUCUUUACCCCCCACACUCUCUCUACUGCCCUCCUCACUGAACCCCGAGACAAUCUCAAACACUUGGUCUGCUUAGCACCCUUGUGUUGUGGCCGACUCCACCACAUCUUCACCCUCCGCCAUGUCCUUCGCCGCCAUCAACAGACGGCUCUCGGUCGCCAAGCCCAGCGACACUGUCGUGCCGGCCCCGACUUCCGAGGCGUCCUCCGACUAUGAGGACCGCAUCGAGCUUGAGAAGCAGGGAUACAAGCAAGAGUUUAUCCGCGAGUUUGGCAACAUUGCGACGUUCUCGUUCGCUUUCUCCAUCAUGGGCGUCUCAUCGUCCAUCGCGGUGACGUUCUCGACGCCCAUGCUCACAGGUGGCCCGGCCAGCGUCAUCUGGUGUUGGCUCAUCGGUGCCUUCUUCUCGUGCUUCAUCGGAACGGCAGUUGCCGAGCUUGUUUCGGCCUACCCCACCUCCGGCGCACUCUACACGGCCUCGGCACGUCUCGUCCCACCCAAGCACCGAAUCUGGGUCGGCUACAUCAUUGGCUGGAUGAACGUCCUGGGCAACAUUGCCGGCGCGGCCUCGACAGAGUUUGGCCUUGCGCAGAUGAUCUGGGCGGCGUACGGCGCGUCCCGGGGAGAGGCAGGUUACGACCCGAGUGCCGGCCAGGUUGUCGGCCUGUUUGUCGGCUUGCUCUUCAUCCACGGACUCUUCAACUCGUUGAGAACGAAGCAACUGGCGUUCGUCACUCAGUACUUUGCCUUUAUUAACAUCGGUGUGCUGCUAUGCACCGUCAUUGCGGUCCUCGCCAAGACGCCUCGCCACGAGAUCCACACAGCAAAGUACAGUUUCACCUACCUCGAGAACCAGAGCGGCUGGGCCAACACGGGGCUGUCCUUCCUCCUCGGCCUGUUGUCGGUGCAGUGGACCAUGACUGGAUACGAUGCCACGGCGCAUAUCACCGAGGAAGUCAAGCGUGCUGCCAUUGCUGCGCCGGUCGCAAUCUUCCUUGCUGUCAUCAGCACUGGUCUCCUGGGCUGGAUUCUCAACAUCGUCAUGGUCUUGGUUUCUGGUCCGCUGGCCGACCUCCCAGGCUCGACGGGCAAUGCCUACCUCGCCAUCCUUAUCCUCCGUCUCGGACGUCCCGGCGCACUCGUUGUGUGGUCGUUCACCAUUCUCAUCUCGUUCUUCACUCUCCAGACUGGUCUUCAGGCCAACGCCCGCGCACUCUUUGCCUUCAGCCGUGACCACGGCCUUCCCGACGGCAAGCUCCUGGGCAAGAUCAACCCGUACACCAAGACACCUAUCAACGCUGUGUGGUGUGUUGUUAUUCUGUCCGUGGCUCUCGGCUGCCUCGACUUUGCGAGCCCCAUCGCAGCCGAAGCAGUCUUCUCCCUGGCCACAGUCGCCCUUGACCUGUCGUACGGCUUGCCCAUCUUCUUCCGCAUGAUCUUUGCCGGCCAUGAGGGCGUCGACUUCAAGCCCGGGCCAUUCUACAUGGGCGAUGGCUGGCUCAGCAAGGUAAUCAACUGGGUCGCUGUCAUCUACAUCGUGUUCGAGUGCGUCAUCCUCUCAAUCCCGGCCGUGUACCCCGUCACCAAGGAGACUAUGAACUACGCCGGUCCCAUCACGAUCGGUGUCAUGCUUCUCGGCGCCGUCUGGUAUCUUGUCUUUGCGCGUCGCCACUACUUUGGCCCAGCCGAGAUGGUCGAGUUCCCUCUCGACACGCGACCAGCCGAAGAGUCGGACGAGAACAACCUCGAAAAGGCCUAGGCAACUACGCUUCUCCCCGUCAGUUAUAAUCCCUGCAUCUCGCUUUCAACAUGCGCGGUGUCUGUUGACCUAACCUCCCACACAUCUGUAUCAUAUUGGAGGACCCUUGCUCUAUGUCAUUGUUAUCAUACACGUCCAUGCAGCGACCGUGGAG